GGAUGUGGGCGUGAUGCUGAGGGCGGCGGUGGUGGUGGUGACGGUGGGCGUGGGAUGGGCCGUGGUGGAGGGCGUGGGUGGGGAAAACACUCCCACCUCCCCUAACACCACCAUCGAAGUGUCCAUGGUGUACCCUGGGAACGCUACGGUGCUCCUGGGUGCACUCUUCCCUAUACACCCCAGCACCAAGGAUACGACUACCACCCCUAGGUGCACCACACUCAUGGAUGACGACGGGAUCCAGGCGCUGGAAGCUCUACUCUUCACGCUGGACGAGAUCAACACCACACCUGAGCUGCUUCCAGGAAUCACGCUGGGCACUCUGGCCAUGGACUCGUGCGGGCAUCCCACCGUCGCGCUCAGCCAGACCCUUGGCUUCAUUAAAGGUUUCCUGGCAGGUCAGAACAAACACCACAAACCAGAGUUCACUUGUGGGGACGGAUCCUCUCCCACCUUCAGGGACGUUCAGUUCGACAAGGUGGUAGGCGUUAUCGGUGGUCAGCACUCCUCUGUCUCAGUCCAGAUGGCCAGUGUGCUGAGGGUGAUAGAAAUGCCACAGAUCAGCUACCAGAGCACCUCAGCAUCCCUCAGUGACCGUGAGCGCUACCCGUUCUUCCUGCGCACCGUCCCCUCCGACUCCACGCAAGUUCAGGCUAUCCUGCGCAUCCUCAAGGAGUUCGACUGGACGUACGCCAGUGUAGUGUGCAGCAAGGGGGAGUACGGUGAGGAGGGCUGCAGAGAGCUGCUAACCAGGGCUCCUGACUACGACGUGUGCUUCGCCAGACCCUACCACAGACUCUCCCAGACCCACACCGACGAGGACUACCAGCAGGUGGUCAGCCAGCUGGUGGAGAGAGAUGCUAGAGUGGUGGUGGUGUUCGCAGAGAGGUCGGUGGCUGAGAGACUGCUGAGAACAGCCAGGCUGAGAAGUAGUGACUCACGCUUCGUGUGGCUGGGAUCCGAUGGCUGGAGCUCGACGUCUCUUAAGGGUGUGGAAGAUGUGGCGGAGGGGUCGAUCGCUGUGCAACCGCUGGCCAAGUCACUUCCAGAUUACGACGAGUACUUCGCCGGCCUCACACCCGAAACCAACACCCGCAACCCGUGGUUCCUCGAGUACUGGAACCACAAGAACGGGGAAAAGAGCCAAUACCGACAGAUACAGUGGCUGCAUUUCGUCCGUGAUUCUGUGUACGCCUUCGCCUACGCUCUCCACGCUAUGUGGGAGGAGAGCUGUGAGGGCGUGGAGGGCAUGUGUGAGGCCAUGGCUCACAGCGGCCACAUUCAUGGUCAUGAACUCUUCAGCAAACUCAUUAAAGUGACCUUCCGUGACACGAGCAACAACGUCUUCAGGUUCGAGAGUACUGGGUCAGGUCCAGCCAGGUACACCAUCCUUAACUACCAACGUGUCGACCAGUAUGCCUUUGACUGGAUCCCCAUCGGUACCUACACCAACACAUCUGAGGAAGCACCGGAGCUACAUUUUCAGGAGAAAGCCAAGUAUCGUUCCUCAGCUGACUUCCCCAAGUCCUCGUGUGGAGACCCGUGUACCUCUACUCAAGCUAAGAUCCCUUUACAAGACACGUGUUGCUGGCGCUGUGAGGACUGCCAGGCUCACCAGUACCUCAACAAGUCCACCUCCCACUGCAUGGACUGCCAGGACUGCCAGGCUCCUGACAGGGAGGUCGGCACCUGUGUCGAUAAGGACGAGAAGUUCAUCGACUACAAGAACACCUGGGCCAUCACCGCUCUCGCCUUCGCUAGUUUAGGUAUCUUCAGCACAGUGUUGGUGGGAGUGAUCUUCUGGGUUCAUCUGAACACGCCGGUGAUCAAGGCGGCCUCGCGGGAGCUCUCCUACAUCCUUCUUGCUGGAAUCUUUCUCUCCUUCUUUAUGAGCUUCGUUAUCGUGGCUCCUCCCUCCCUCCUCACCUGCGGCCUCACUCGCUUCUUCCUUGGCUUCUCCUACACCGUCUGCUACGCAGCCAUCCUGACAAAGACCAACCGCAUCUCCAGGAUCUUCAACAAGAGCCCUAGCAAGUCUCACAAGGCCAGGUACACGUCUCCAGUAUCACAGGUGGUGAUAGUGUCGCUCCUGGUGAGCGUGGAGGUGGUGAUCAACGUGGCGUGGCUGGUGUAUAACACCCCCAGCACCAAGCACCUCUGUCAGAGGCUGGUGCCUCACCGCGUCAGGAUCUGUGGUGGCUUAGAUGACUACUCUUACAUCGUGGGUCUGGUGUAUCCGCUGUUCCUAGUGCUCCUCUGCACUGUGUACGCCAUCAAGACCAGGAAGUGUCCAGGCGGGUUCAACGAGGCCCGCUACAUCGCCUUCACUAACUACACCACCUGUCUCAUCUGGCUGGUGUUUGUACCUCUUUACCUGUCCACCGGUGCUUCUGAUGCUGUCAGGAUCGUCACCCUGGCCUUGUCUCUCUCUCUGGGAGGGUUCGUCCAGCUGGGGUGCCUGUUCUUCCCCAAGGUUUACAUCGUGUUGUUCAAGCCUGAGAAGAACACCAGGGAUGCUGUGAUGAGUAUCGUCAGGACCUCGCACAACAGCAACAACCGUGACUCCACCUACAGAGUGUCUGGUCGCUUCCCUGACGAGAUAGUGGCUCCAGUACCUCACUCAACACCACCCAUCUUCUUCCUCAACGGUAAGUCGAGCCUCGCUGGCUAAGUGCUCCAGCUGUGAGAGAUGCUUAUGUAAGUACUUUCCUUCAUCCCAAGUCUCUCUAGUCAUGUCUAAACAAGGUUUCCGUGUGGAGUUACAUUUAAAUCAUGUCAUGCUUGAAGUCGAGUUUGAAUUGAGUGCUUCCCGUGGUGGCGGUAGUUCUGGGAGAGUUUUUAAGGUCAGAGUCUCCAGGAUUGUGUAUACAAGUGCUGUGAAACCACACCCCGGCCGGGAUUGAACCCGCGGUCAGAGAGUCUCAAAACUCCAGCCCGUCGUGUUAGCCGCUAGACCAGCUAGCCACAAUAAGAUUCAUCCAACUAGGUAUAUUUCUACACCAUAGGAAGGUUAGCACAGGCACCACUGUGACCACAAAUGCAAGUUUUUACAGACGAAUCUCCAGCUAGCGUGGCCGUGACGAACUCUAGCUCAAGUCCCUUCACUGCCGUCAACAUGACUCACGAAAUCGUAAUGAGGCCUGGUCACAGGCCUGGUCACAGACCGGAGGAGGCCUGGUCACAGACCGGGCCGCGGGGGCGUUGACCCCCGAAACUCUCUCCAGGUAAACUCCAGGUAAUACCCCGGCCGGGGUAUGUUGACGGCAGUGAAGGGAC